AUGUUCCGACGAAAGUGGUCAGGUCUACCAGCAGACCCUGACUUCCCCGUUGACCUAUCGAAGCUUGGCUACUUUAUCAAUGAAGAUGACGAAGUCCGCGCCAUCGAUAACCCGGAUAACUACUUCCACUUCUUCUUCAACCGCAACCCCCGAUGGAAUGAGCGUCAGCGCUAUGCUUUCAAUCAGGCCCUACAAUAUGUGAUCUGGGAGCGUCUAGAGAAAUUGGGCCUGAAGAAAGAGUUAUUACCCUUAGGUACUCUUGACACAAACAAGCCACAUGUUCCUAUCUUCGUCAGUAGCGACAUUGCUACCAAGUCGCGUGUCGUUGUCAUCUUCGGCGAGACUGUGCAGGACCUUGGUGUGCUUGCGCAUCGCAUCAUUGGUGGCCCUGGCGGUAUAAACAAAGGUUCUAUGGUAUCUGUUGUCUCUGCCCUUCAGAAACAAUGCUCCUCGCCCUCCGACCCAACCUCUCCAGGAAUCAUCCUUGCCAACAUGGGUGAGCUGAUCUGGUAUCCAGAGGGGAAACGUACCCUCAGUCGCAGCGCUUUUGCUGCAGCGCCAAUGCAGAGUGCUGUACACUAUAACAACGUAAUUGAAAAGGGCAACAUGGUCGAGAAGAACUCGAGCCCGAGAAUGCAUGUUGGUCAUAUCUUCCAGGAGGUGAUCCCACACUUCACCAAGGACGAUGCCAAAAUCGAUAUCAUAGUACUGGGUAGCAGCGCAGACUAUGUCGAGGAGUUCUUGGACUUACCCCCUAUGUGGAAUGUCUGGAAGAGCCGCGUUAGCUGCCUUGCAAUUGUUGGUGGCUUGUAUCCGGUCUGGGAUUUGAAGAACGACGAAUUUGUGAACGUCUUCUUGAGAAAUAAAGCCCGCGCGUACGUAACCUCCGUUGAGCCAGCUGGCAUGGUUAUUUCAGGCCCCGAGGGCAACCCGAAGACUACGACUUUCACGCAGAUGGGAUGUCCUAUCUUCAGUAGUGGAGAACCGAAUUACACAGAGACAGCGCUUAUCGCCGGCUCCGAGGUUAUCCUCGGCUGGCUUCAAGAAGUGGCUAUGACACCCGAGGGCCAAGAUUACACCAACCCAUACUUUCACGUUGAUUUUGCCGAUCCCGUAUUUGACACCGAUGAACCGGAUUGGAGCCCGUGGCAGAAUGAAGAGUUAGUUGGUCAGAAGGACGAGCAUGACAAGAUGUGGACUGAGCAGGUCUACGAGAAAACAGGCGAUCCACAGGGCGAAAAGCCGAACCUUUUCGUGCUGCGAGGUGAUGAGGAUAAUGAGCAGGCCAAGAAGGAAAACGUGAAGAUGGGACAGGUCGAGGAUAAGAACUAGGCCAGCCUUAUUAUUUCCGUCUAAUGUUGGAGGGCAACGAUAUUCUUGACGACGUAAUGAAUCAACGAGCAAACGAAUAUUAACCUCAAUCAAGCCUUGCC